AUGCAGCGUCAGCGACUGGCCCUGACGACUAUGAAUUCAUCGUCGCCAAUCCGACUGCUUCACAAGAAAGAGCGUACUUGGGUUACACGAGAUGCGACCACGGGGGAAAUUUCGGACCUGCUGUCGAUACGUAUCGUUGGUGUGACCGGUCAGUGCACACCCUCUGCGUGCAGGGAAGAAAAAGAGGCAUUUGGCAUUGGAAAUCAGGAGCUGAAAGAUGCGGAAAGCGAGGCUCAUUGGCACCGGCUCCUUCUUGACAUGGAUGGCAAUAGCUUCAGUGGAAGGUUUUAUCGUCUCCUCCGGACGAACUCGGUCGUUUUGAAGCAGACCGUCUUCCAGGAAUGGCACGACGAUCGCUUGGUGCCUUGGGUCCAUUUCGUACCCAUCAGUACCAGCUUUGAGGAGCUUCCCGAAGUGACGAGAUUUCUGGCGAAAACGGACGAAGGCCGGUCCAUUGCCCACAGAAUUGCGUCGGAAUCGAAGGAAUGGGCACGACAAGCACUGCGCGAAAUAGAUCUCCAAUUAGUAUGGUUUAGGUUAUUGCUAGAAUAUGGCCGGCUAGAAAAUGGACAUGAUGUGUAA